AGUUCUCUCUUUUGGUCGCUGGCGCCUAUUGCCUCAGCCAGUUUUUCCUUUGUGUCUUCUGGUCGUUCACUACUUUGAGAGAAAAGAAUUUUGCCGUUCGCGUUCGAUUGACACCGUCCCCAAGAUCCUGCAGCCCCACGGACCUGGCGACUCCACUGUGUUCGGGUCUUUCUAGGAACCCAAUCUGCCUUCAUGAAGAAAAGACAGAGGCAGAAAGGAAGAUGGCUUACUCCCUGACAAAUUGUUAUCAGGACUCGGUGACCUUUGAGGAUACGGCUGUGGACUUCACCCAGGAGGAGUGGACUUUACUGGACCCAGUUCAGAGAAACUUAUACAGAGAUGUGAUGCUGGAGAAUUAUGAGAACGUGGCCAAAGAUUUCAGCUCCUUAAACCCAGUGUCAUCUCUUGGUUGGAAGAAGAAGAGUUGAGGACCUUUCAGCAAGGAGUUCUCCAAGACUGGGCAAUAAAACAUCAAACCAGUGUUUCAGCACUGCAGCAGGAUUUUUGGAAAAUACAAACUUCUAAUGGGAUACAAAUGGACCUGGUAACCUUUGACAGUGUGGCUGUGGAGUUCACCCAGGAAGAGUGGACUUUACUGGACCCAACUCAGAGAAACCUGUACAGUGAUGUGAUGCUGGAGAACUACAAGAACCUGUCCUCAGUAGGUUACCAGCUCUUCAAACCCAGUCUGAUCUCUUGGCUGGAGGAAGAGGAAGAGUUGAGCACAUUGCCAAGAGUUCUCCAAGAAUGGAAAAUGUGCCUGAAAACCAAUGGGCCAGCCCUUUGGCAAGAUAAUUUUUGUUUAAAAACAUCAAAUGGGAUACAGUUGGCAAGAAACCAAAAUGGAGAGGAACUCUAUGACUGUAAGCAAUGUGAAGAUGUCUUCUGUAAACAUUCAUGCCCUAAGACCAAUAGGAGUACUCAAAAUAGAGACAACACGUCUGAAUGUAUUCAGUAUGCAAAAGACCUCCUUUCUCUAUACAAUAAAACCUCUACCAUAAGGAAAGUUUCUGUGUUCAGUAAGCAUGGAAGAUCUUUCAGCCUGAUUUUAAAUGUUCAGGUCCAGAGAAAGUGUACACAGGAUAAAUCCUUUGAAUGCAUUGACUAUGGGAAAGCCUUCGUUCAUCAGUCACACCUUGAAGCACACGGGAAAACUCAGAGCAGAGAAAAACUCUAUGAAUGGAAGCAAUGUGGGGAAGCAUUUACUCACUCCACAAGCCAUGCUGUAAAUGUUGAAACACACAUUAUUAAAAAACCCUAUGAACGUAAGGAAUGUGGAAAAGAUUUUAGAUACCCUACCCACCUUAAUAAUCACAUGCAAACCCACAUUGGGAUAAAACCUUAUAAAUGUAAGCACUGUGGCAAAACCUUCACUGUGCCAUCAGGUUUUCUUGAACAUGUACGAACUCACACUGGAGAGAAGCCUUAUGGGUGUAAGGAAUGUGGUAAAGCAUUUGGUACAUCUGCAGGCCUUAUUGAACAUAUAAGAUGUCACGCCAGAGAGAAAACCUUUAAAUGUGACCACUGUGGGAAAGCCUUUAUUUCUUACCCAUCUCUUUUUGGACAUUUGAGAAUUCAUAAUGGAGAAAAGCCAUAUGAGCAUAAGGAAUAUGGGAAGGCCUUUGGUACAUCCUCAGGUGUUAUCGAAGAUAGAAGAAGUAACACAGGACAGAAAUGCUUUGAUUGUGACCAGUGUGGGGAAGUCUUUGUUUCUUUCUCAUCUCUUUUUGCUCAUUUGAGAACUCACACUGGAGAGAAGCCCUUUAAGUGUUACAAAUGUGGGAAACCAUUUACCUCUUCUGCCUGUCUUCGUAUUCACUUGCGAACUCACACAGAAGAGAGACUCUAUCAAUGUAAGAAAUGUGGUAAAACUUUCACUAAGUGCUCAUAUCUUACCAGACAUUUACGAACACAUGCUGGAGAGAAACCCUAUGAAUGUAUGAAAUGUGGGAAAGCCUUCACUGAGCGCUCAUACCUUACUAAACAUUUACGAAGACACACUGGAGAGAAGCCAUUUGAAUGUAAGAAAUGUGGAAAAGCCUUCACGGAACGCUCAGAUCUUACUAAACAUUUACGAAGACACACUGGAGACAAGCCCUAUGAAUAUAAGGAGUGUGGGAAAGCCUUUGUUGUCUCCUCCAGUCUAGUUGAUCAUUUAAGAACUCACACUGGAUAUAAACCCUAUAAAUGUAAUGCAUGUGAAAAAGCUUACAGUAGGUCUUGUGUACUAACUCAACACUUAAAAACUCAUGCUGCAGAGAAGACCUCUGAAUGUAAUGCAUGUGGAAAUUCCUUUCGAAAUUCCUUGUGCUUUCAUGAUCGCUUAAAAACUCUCACUGAAAUAAAACCCUAUAAAUGUAAGGACUGUGGGAAAGCCUUCACUUGUCAUUCAGAUCUUACCAAUCAUGUGCGAAUUCACACUGGAGAGAAGCCCUAUAAAUGUAAGGAGUGUGGGAAGGCCUUCCGUACAUCCUCAGGACGUAUUCAACAUUUAAGAACUCAUAUGGGAGAGAAACCCUUUGAAUGUGACCAGUGUGGGAAGGCCUUUGCUUCUUUCUCAGCUCGUAUUGCACAUUUGAAAACACACUAGAGAGAAGCCCUGUGGAUGUGAAGAAUGUGGAAAAACCUUUGCUGUUUCCUCAAGCCUAACUGAGCAUGUAAAAAUUCACAGGAGACAGUAACACUAUCAAUGUAAGGAAUGUGAGAAAGCCUGAACACUUGAAUCUUUCUAGACAUGUACAAACUCACACUGUAGAGAAACCCUGUAAAUGUAAGGGAUGUGGGAAAACACUAGUUCU